UAGUCGAUUACGUAAGAUCAAGUCCCACCUACUGAGCAAAAUGAGCUGUACUAGACAACUGCGACAGUAACAGCUGCCCUGCCGCCCCCACUGUUGCUGUUGUUGGGUGCCCCUACAUAGUGCGCUGGAACCGAUCCUCUUCGACUAUGGCUAAGGCGAUGGCGGUGAUGCGUAAGGGAUUACCACCGCUGCUGACGCGCUAAAUCUCGGUACUGGGUGGAUGUAUUAGUGGUGCUGGGCAUAAGCUGUCCAGUCGUCCCAGUCCAACUGGUGGAGGUGGUAACUAACAAUGGGAAAGGAAGACGACUUAUUCAAAGCAGUGAAACAGAAUGAUUACUACAAACUACAGAAAACCCUCUUUGCUGACCGAAGCCAUCCAAGUAAGAAGAAAGAUCGUCCAAACAAUCAAGCUAACGUCAUUGCUCUUCAUAGCAAUGGUGUGAAUACAGAUGAACGUCGACGUCCAAAUGUUAAUGUAGACUGCCAUGAAGCAGGCACUGGUUACACACCUCUAAUACUUGCUGUUCUCAAUCAAUUAAAAGAAAUCAGCCAGUUGUUACUUGCUUCUUUUGCUGAUCCCAAUGAACAGGAUUUUAAAGGAAAUACCGCUCUUCAUAUGGCUGUGUUUUGUGGCCGAGCUGACUUGAUGGAACUUCUUCUGCAAAAUGGAAGUAAAGUGAACAUACAGAACAGUGAUGGUAAUACACCUCUCCAUAUUGCUUGCCAAUGUGACUGUGAUAACAGAGUUUUAGUUAUGCUGAAACUUUUAACGGCUGGAGCUAAUAUACAGAUGGUUAAUAAAGUUUCAGCAACUCCUCUAGAUGUAGCAGCUAUGUAUAAUAAGAAAGAUGCUGUUUCUACCCUCCUUGAUCAUGAUAAAGAAGCACUAAAAGGCAACAGCCUUGCCCUUGUCGAGGCCUCGAUACGAGGAUAUGCACCGAUUGUCGAGAUGUUGCUGAAGUAUGGCAUUAACCCAAAUGUUGUUAACAAGUUGAAAGAAACAGCACCUUUGCAUGAAGCAAUACGGUUUUUUAGACUGCAAGUAGCUGAGAGGUUAUUACAAUAUGGUGCAAAAACAGAUGUUGUCAAUCCAGCUGGAGAGACACCUUUAAAAAUGGUGAAAGACUUGCCAAGAGAUAGGCCAAAUGAAUUUCAGCGGUUAUUUGAUGAAUACAGCACAGGAGAAUUAAGACGUGCCCAUGUACAGUUUAAUAGCUCUUUUGUAGAACGUCGAAAAAAAUCUUAUAUCAAAAAAUAUCCGGAACUAGAAAAUAACAUGAAAUGGACAGAAAACUCGCCAAGUUAUUGCAGUUGUUGUACUGCAAUGAGUCCAAAUACUAAUAUUUUAGAUAAUGACAACUGUAGUUUUUGGGUAAUUCCUUCAAUCCAACAGGCUUGGACAGUGUUGGAUCUCCAGCAUGAACAUAUAAUUACAGGAAUCAAGGUUUUUGGAUGGGACAGUCCAAAUAUGGUCAAAAAUUUUGAACUACGGAAAGGCUAUACAAUUGAAGGCCCCUGGUCAACUGUAGUUCAUUUUGCCUGUAAAUCAGAAGGUAGUAGUGACCCUAAGGACCCAGGAAAAGCUCAGAUCUUUGAUGGCUUCUCCGACAGCUCCCGUUUUUGGCAGCUUCUAAUCAUUGACAACCACGGGGGAAGCUGCAUCUGUUUUCAGGGCAUCAAUUUAUAUGGCGCUGAAAAACGGAUUUUCACUGAACUUGAACAGAUGUGCUUUUCAGAAGAGUUUGCUAACAGGGUUGUGCAAAAGGGUUUUAAUACGUAUAAAAAAUUUUUAGAAAUGAAAGAAUCGGACUUAAAAACUCUGCUUCCAAAUAUAGAUCAAGUCCGACACAUGCUGAUGCAUUUAGGAGCUCUGAAAAUUAAAGAAUAUCCAUUGCUUUGGAAGAAACCUCCAAUCACUGAAGCUGAAGAAGGAUCUCGCUUGCCUCGUUUCAUUGUGCAGUCAGCUGGUAAUUCAGAUAUGUUAGAAAUCAUAGUUAAUGGUGCCACAAUUGGUGGCUGUAUCAGAUCACAGCUACUCCCGUGUAAAGAUAGUAAAAUGAAUGUUGCCAUAUUUGAUGAUAUCAAAAUUUUCUCCAGUGGUACAUUUUUGAUAACUGUUCAAAGUGUUCUGUCCCCAAACAUCCAUCUUAAAGCUCCAGAUCCCAUUCACAUAAAACGUCCUGCACGAACUGCAGCAGAAGUUGAAGCAGCAUUUGACGAAAUUCAGCUCAUGUUACAUAAAGUGGCUGCAUCUUUAGAUGACACAAUUGAUUCAUAAUUUUUAAACACACACUCAUACAAAUAUACUUCUUCAAGCAUUGAGCAAAUUUCAAGGAAUUAUUAUAAUGUAUCAAAAGAUGAUAAUUUAGCAGAAUAUUUUAUAGUUUAACCCGUUUUCUCCAUUUGCUAAAACAGUUUAACACAAUUUCUGUAAAACAUCUGCUAAGGCUGAAUAUAUUUUGUAAAAUUACCUUCAGCCAAAUGGAGGAAUUUUUUUUUUUUUUUUAAUAAUUUCUGGAAGAAAUGAUCUGCUUUGAAAGUUAUGACCAGUUUUUACCUGCUAUACUUAUUUGGUAUUGCGAAGAAGAAGAAAAAGAAGAAAACGGCUAAAAUAUUUACCCUUGUCUGUAAAGUGAGAGGUAAAGUAAUACAGUGAGGUGGAAGACCUGAGCAAUAUAUUUAUUGAUUUUCUUUCUUUCUGAAAUAUUUUGGAAAUAAUCCUAAUGUUGUGAUUAUUUCUUUGUUUUGUUCUGGUUCAUUUCAAGUUUUUUUUUUUAAAUUGAGAACCAUUGAUGAACAUCAAUUCAGGUGCUUCUCACUUGAGAACAGAGCCUUGUUUAUUGCCACAUUGGGAAACAUGAUGUUGUUGAUUAAUAAUCAAUCAACUGCUUCACUAAGAUGUACAGUCACUGAGUCCAACUUGAUAAGUCGCUGACAGAAUAAUAAUUAAUUUGAUUUUAUAUAAGCCUUUUCUCACUCUUCAGCUUAACUAACAUUUAAACUGAUAUAUUGGACCCUUAACCUAAGCUCCAGUGUGGUCAGGGCUUAGAUUUCUUAACUGACAAGGGGUUCAGAGAGUGCUUUGACAUUAUGAUCUACUUUUAUCUGUCAAGUUAAUUUCAGAUAAAGGUCAAUAUUGGAAUUAUUUUUUAAUAAUCUAUCCCCGUAAUGUAUCGAAAAAUAAGCAUAUUUCAGGAUACUAUGAGGUUGCUUAAGGAAUCAUUAAUUCAGAUAUUAAAAAUGGUCUGAGUCUUGAAUUGAUACUGCAAACCCAAACUAGAUUGUUCCAUGAAUUAAUCAGUGUGGUAAAGAUUCCUGCCAAGCCAACGGAACUACAAGCUUCAAGUGGAACAACUAGUUUGCCUCCUCCUCCUCCUCACUGUCCUUCAAACCAUCACUCUACUGAUUGAUCAGGGGUAGCAAUAGCAAAUGUUUUUUUUUUUUUGUGAUAAGCUGCAUUUAUUGUCAACCUCACACAAGAUAUCUUUUUUCUAUAUUCUUUGACCAUUAAAUUGUUGAUGGAAUUCCAAAGAAACUAUAGUAAUGGGUAUUUAAAGAUAUCUCAAUACUAAUUUUUUAUGGCGAUUUAAACAUGAUCUGUUUUAUCUACCUUUUUGUAUCAACCAAACAAAUUUUUGCAGAAGACUCUUCUGAUGAAGGGAGAGAACUAUCUAUUUAAGAAAUGAAAUGUAUUCUGCUAGAUCUGUGUAAAUUUUUUUUCAAAAGACAUCAGUAUUUUUAGGGAGUGUUCUGUUUGUUUUUCCCCCCUUGUUUUUUGUUUUGUUUCCUUUGUUAAAGUGCAUUGAGAAAUAUCUAAAGUCAAAAGAUAAAAAUAUCUGAUAAUAUAAUUCACUUUAAACCUUUGCUGUUCAAUUUUUGCACCAAAGACUUCAAAUUUUUUAAAUGUAUUUUUUAUACUUUUAUUUUAUGUUUAUUUUAAGAUGAAAUGAAAGAAACAUUUUAGUUUG